GGGAGUGUAAAUUUUGACCGAGUUUUUUUGAAGUUAUCCGGGUUGACCUAAUGGGUCCGCUGACUCCUGACCCGGUCGUCCCCGAGGUAGGUUCCCCCGUCCUGUUCUUCUGACAGUCUCAGACCCAAACCCAAUUUCGCAAUCUCCUUUCACCUCACCGUCGGACACCCUUCCCAUUCGUGUCGCAGAUUCGUAGCCUCUUCUCUUCUCAGAUUCAAAACCUACAUGGGCGGCCGUAUUCGCUUCUUUAAUAUCUAAAAGGUUUUAAUGGAGAAAUAAUGUGAGUUUGCUGGUGCUGAAACUCUGUUGAGAACAUUGGUAUUUGGUCGAGAAGUUUAUUGCUGAAAGUUAAUUGAAUACUGAUUAGAAUGGUGUGGCUGAGAGCUGGCUCAAGCCUGGCAAAGUUUGCUGUUAGGAGAGCUUUAUCCCAAAGCUGUUCACUUAUACCUGAGACUCGUGUCCUUUCACAGCAUAAUAGAUACUUUCAUUCAUCUUCUCUCAGGCCAAAGGCCCAACCUGCUACUGUGCCUAGACCCGUACCUCUCUCCAAGUUGACUGAUAACUUCUUAGAUGGGACAAGCAGUGUGUAUCUUGAGGAGCUUCAGCGGGCUUGGGAGCAAGAUCCAAACAGUGUGGAUGAGUCAUGGGAUAACUUCUUCAGGAAUUUUGUUGGUCAGGCCACCACAUCCCCUGGGAUUUCGGGCCAGACCAUUCAAGAGAGCAUGAAUCUAUUAUUGCUCGUACGAGCUUAUCAGGUCAAUGGUCACAUGAAAGCUAAACUGGACCCAUUGAGCCUAGAGGUGAGGCAAAUUCCAGACGACUUGGAUCCUGCUUCGUAUGGGUUCACUGAAGCUGAUCUUGACCGUGAAUUCUUUCUUGGUGUUUGGAGCAUGUCUGGCUUCUUGUCUGAAAACCGCCCCGUGCAAACCUUGAGAGCUAUAUUGACACGGCUUGAACAAUCUUAUUGUGGAAGCAUUGGUUAUGAGUACAUGCACAUUCCUGAUCGUGAGAAAUGCAAUUGGCUGAGGGACAAGAUUGAGACUCAAACAACAGUGGAAUACAAUCGUGAGCGACGGGAGGUCAUGCUUGAUAGGCUGAUGUGGAGUACUUUGUUCGAGAACUUCUUGGCUACGAAGUGGACAGCUGCAAAGAGGUUUGGCCUGGAAGGGUGUGAAACGCUGAUUCCUGGAAUGAAGGAGAUGUUUGACAGGGCAGCAGAUUUAGGUGUAGAAAGCAUUGUCAUUGGGAUGUCACAUAGAGGAAGGUUAAACGUUUUAGGUAACGUCGUCAGAAAGCCCCUUCGACACAUAUUUAAUGAGUUCAGUGGUGGUACAAAGCCUGUUGAUGAAGCUGGUUAUGUGGGAACUGGUGAUGUGAAGUAUCACUUGGGUACUUCUUAUGACCGUCCAACCAGAGGUGGAAAGAGAAUUCACCUAUCAUUGGUUGCUAACCCAAGCCACUUGGAAGCUGUGGACCCGGUUGUGGUUGGGAAGACUAGAGCAAAGCAAUACUAUAGUAACGAUGUUGAUAGGACAAAGAACUUGGGCAUUUUGGUUCAUGGUGAUGGCAGCUUUGCAGGGCAAGGUGUUGUCUAUGAGACGUUGCAUCUCAGUGCUCUGCCAAACUACACAACGGGUGGGACCAUACACAUUGUUGUCAAUAACCAAGUGGCCUUCACUACUGAUCCGAUGUCAGGCAGAUCGUCCCAAUACUGCACUGAUGUUGCCAAAGCCUUGAGUGCCCCAAUUUUUCACGUCAAUGGUGACGACGUUGAGGCUGUAGCUCAUGUUUGUGAACUUGCUGCAGAGUGGCGUCAAACGUUUCAUUCAGAUGUUGUCGUUGAUAUCGUCUGCUAUCGGCGAUUCGGACAUAAUGAAAUUGAUGAACCAUUUUUUACCCAACCAAAAAUGUACAAGGUUAUUCGAAGCCAUCCUUCGGCUUUAGAGAUCUACCAAGAAAAACUUCUAGGGUCUGGCACAGUGAGCAAGGAGGGUAUUGAGAAGAUACAGAACAAGAUUAAUUCAAUCCUUAAUGAGGAAUUUGUUGCUAGUAAAGAUUAUGUCACUCAAAAGAGAGACUGGCUUUCAGCAUUUUGGUCUGGUUUCAAGUCUCCUGAACAGCUUUCACGUAUGCGAAAUACAGGUGUAAAACCAGAGAUCCUGAAAAAUGUUGGAAAAGCAAUCACCACCCUUCCAGAGAAUUUUAAGCCACAUAGAGCAGUGAAAAGGAUUUUUGAUGACCGCAAGAAGAUGAUUGAAACAGGAGAAGGGGUUGACUGGGCAUUAGGAGAAGCACUUGCUUUUGCUACGCUACUUGUGGAAGGCAAUCAUGUAAGGCUGAGUGGUCAGGAUGUUGAAAGAGGUACUUUUAGCCACAGACAUUCUGUUCUCCAUGAUCAAGAGACAGGUGAGAAGUACUGCCCUCUGGAUCAUGUCAUGAUGAACCAAAAUGAAGAAAUGUUUACAGUAAGCAACAGCUCUCUUUCAGAGUUUGGUGUCCUGGGAUUCGAAUUGGGGUAUUCUAUGGAAAAUCCGAAUUCAUUGGUGCUCUGGGAAGCCCAAUUUGGUGAUUUUUCCAAUGGAGCUCAAGUUAUGUUUGACCAAUUUUUGAGCAGUGGAGAGGCCAAGUGGCUCCGCCAGACAGGGUUAGUUGUGCUUUUACCCCAUGGUUAUGAUGGCCAAGGCCCCGAGCAUUCCAGUGCACGCAUGGAACGUUUUCUUCAGAUGAGUGAUGAUAAUCCAUACAUUAUCCCUGAGAUGGAACCAACUCUACGAAAGCAGAUUCAGGAGUGCAAUUGGCAAGUUGUCAAUGUUACUACUCCUGCCAACUAUUUCCAUGUACUGAGACGACAAAUUCACAGGGAAUUCCGUAAACCACUUAUCGUGAUGUCUCCAAAGAACUUGCUUCGUCACAAGGAAUGCAAGUCAAAUCUAUCAGAGUUUGAUGAUGUUCAAGGGCACCCUGGUUUUGACAAACAAGGCACCCGGUUUAAGCGCCUUAUAAAAGACCAGAAUGACCAUUCAGAUCUGGAAGAGGGUAUUCGGCGUCUCAUUCUUUGCUCAGGAAAGGUGUAUUACGAGCUUGAUGAGGAGAGAAGGAAGGCUGGUGGAAAAGACGUUGCUAUUUGUAGGGUUGAACAACUUUGUCCUUUCCCAUAUGACCUGGUCCAACGCGAAUUGAAGCGAUAUCCAAAUGCAGAGAUUGUAUGGUGCCAGGAAGAGCCUAUGAACAUGGGGGCAUAUCAUUACAUCACACCCCGCCUUUAUACAGCAAUGAGAGCCCUUGGGAGAGGUAAUAUGGAAGACAUCAAUUAUGUCGGCCGUGCUCCCUCGGCCGCCACGGCCACUGGUUUCUAUCAGGUUCAUGUUAAAGAGCAGACUGAGAUAGUGCAGAAAGCCUUGCAGUCAGAUCCAAUUAAGUAAUCCAUUCUGAUGGUGUGAUUGGCUAUUCUCUUAUUCAAAUAAUUCUUUUGUCUACAAACGCGGUCAUGAGUUUCUCUUGUUCUUCGCAUGUAAUACAACAAAAGAGAUGUUUUUUUGUAUAUCGACUAUCCUCAAUGCACACACUAAAAUAAUGGUUGAUUCUUUUUCACCAUGCACGUUCAUGGUCUUAGUUUACUGUAAAAUUUGUAGAAGCGCUCCUAGAUUUGUUUUGUCUAUGGGUUUGAAAAAUGUUUGGUUACAUUGGAAAGAAUUACAUUGCGCAACAGUUGUGUAUCCAUGUAUGUUUUCACUGAAAUUAUUGUCCAAUGAAAUGGUCUGUUCAAAUA